GAGUGUGUGGGGCGCAGACGGAACUGCAGAGAGCGGCAGCGGGAGAGGGAAAUUUAAACAGGAGAAGCGGAAACUCAGCACACUGACACACACAGCUAGCCCCUACGUACUGACUCUCCUCAACUGAAGAUCAUACAAUACAGCUACUGAUAAACACCUGCAUUAUCAACGAUGGAGCGAGAACUGAGUUUGUGUUUAGAUUCCCCGUCCAAGCACAGUUAUGUUGGAAGCUUUUAUAAUCCCCCCGAGAAGAUGUCCCAUCAAUUGUGUGCGACCACCGUGCCAGUGCGACCAGACAAAGUCGUCAAAGCAGUGAACCUGAAGAAAAUCAAUGCCAAAACAUUUCAAUCAGAUCCUGAGGCUGGGAGCAGAGCAGUGUUAGCUGCACUGAAGACGCUGCAGGAGAAGAUGAGGCGGCUGGAGUUGGAGAGAAAACAUGCACAGAGAAAUGUGGAGCAGUUCUCUCAGGCUGCCCGACAGUAUGCCAGCUGUACUGCACAAACUGAACUGCAGCUCGGUGCUAAAGAGAAAGACUCCUCACAGAGAAAAGAGCUUGUGUCUCAGUUGAACUCAGCCGAGGCACGCUGCUCUCUGCUGGAGAAACAGCUGGACUACAUGAGGAGGAUGGUGGAGAGUGCAGAGAGAGAGAAAAUCGCCACAGUUAACAAAGAGGAAAGGGGGCAUCAGAAUGAGAGAUCACAACCUGAUUUGAGGUUCCGCGAUCAGCUGAAGAAACUGGAGAGACUGGAGAAUGAAUGCCUUAAGCUUUCCAAUACACAAUCUGAAGCAGAGAGGAAGAUUGAGCUUUUGGAACGAAAGUUACUUGAAGAAGAACAUGAACGCAAACUUGUACAGGAGAAAGCAGAGGAGUUACAGAGAGAAUUGGCUGCUAAUCUGGUCUCCCUUUCAGCUGUGGAGACCAAAUCCAAAAAGAAGAAGUGUAAGGAGAAGGCCUUAAGUAGUAAGAAAUCGGUGAGAACAGAGGUGUCAGUUCCUCAGUGUCUUCCCAAAGCCAAGCGUUUGCCAUUCGUGGCUGGAACAUCAACAAGCCCCAGUCACUCUGUUAACGCCAACGUUCAGAGUGUUCUGCACCUGAUGAAGACAAGACAGCCACGACUGUGUGAGAAGGUCCGUGGUCUGCAGAGCAGAACAGAGCCUCCUUACAACCGCAAGAGCCUUCACCAAGCCCCACCAUCCAGUGAUGGAGCUCCUGCCCUGGGCAGUUUGUCUGAACUGCUGCUGGCCCUACAGGAUGAACUAGGCCAGAUGAGCUUUGAGCAUCAGGAACUGGUCAGGCAAAUCGAUGAGACUGAUCAACAUAAACUGAGGGAUGAUCUGGAGCGAGAGUUGGACUGCUUGGUUGGGAGGAUGGAGGAGAAAGCAGGCCAAAUUUCCAAACUACGGAAGCACCAGCAAACGGUUCUGAAGCUCUCUCAGAGUAGUCCAAAGCAGAAGCAGCGGCCCAGGCGUGCAGCCAGUGCAGAUGGUCGUAAUUUGGCUGGAGGUGGAAGUGGGGUCCGUGCUUUGCCUUCCUCACCUGUUAAAGCCUCAUCCUCCAAAACACAGAGGCAUCGCAAGGUCAGUCAGGAGCGCUUGCAGCUCCUCAAAGACACCCAGAAGCUGCGCUCAAGUCUCCGUGAACAGGACAUCAACUGGGAAACGUAGGAUAAGCCUUAGUUUACCCUUCAACCUUAAAAAUACAGAAAGGGUGGAAGAAUCAUAUGAACUAAGAAGGAAAUUAGAAUGGGACACGUCCCAUCCUGAGCUAAAGCUCUAAAAACGCUCCAAGAAUGUUUAACAUGAUUGUGGUAUGAGGUGAAUGUAGCAGCACCAAGGUCAUACAACAAGUAGGCUGUUGACUUUGGGCUAAGGUUUUACUAUGGUGCAACUCUGGAUUCCCCC